CUCAAUAUGACCCUGAAGGAAGAGGAAGAGGAAGAAGAGAUUCAGAGCCGGGACCUGGAGGAUGGCCACUCGGACAUGCAGAAAGUGCGAAUCUGCUCAGAGGGCGGAUGGACCCUGCAUCCAGCUUUGGGGAAUAGCUUUGAAAGUGGAAAUACAAAAGAACCAACCUGAAACAAGCUGCCCAGUGAUUUCUUACCACUAAUGCGAUGAGCUGCGGAGGAGUUUCAAUGACCAAAAGAAAAAAAAUAUUGUGUGAAGAAAAACAAAUAUUUGCUAAACGAGAAGAGGUACCGGCCCUAUUUGAUGAGGUGGCCAUAUAUUUUUCCGAUGAGGAGUGGGAAGUUUUGACGGAGCAACAAAAGGCCCUCUACCGGGAAGUCAUGAGGAUGAAUUAUGAAACUGUCCUGUCCCUGGAAUUCCCAUUUCCUAAGCCGGACAUGAUCACUCGGCUGGAAGGGGAGGAAGAGUCUCAGAAGUCUAACGAAUGGCAGCUCCAAGGAGGACCUUUCCCAGAAAACGAAGACUCUGACGUGAAGCCUCCAGAUUGGGCAGGCCCAGUGAGUGCUGCCUCCCAAUUUCCUCCGCCUUCCCACUUUGACAGCUUUGGCCUCCGUUUGCCUCGGGACCUCACAGAGCUGCCCGAGUGGAGCGAGGGGUACCCUUUCUACAUGGCCAUGGGCUUCCCCGGGUAUGACCUCUCGGCUGACGAUAUCGCCGGCAAGUUUCAGUUCAGCCGAGGCAUGCGCCGCAGUUACGACGCAGGGUUCAAGUUAAUGGUGGUGGAAUACGCCGAGAGCACCAACAACUGCCAGGCCGCCAAGCAGUUCGGAGUGUUGGAAAAAAAUGUCAGAGACUGGCGCAAAGUAAAGCCACAACUCCAAAACGCCCACGCCAUGCGGCGGGCAUUCCGGGGCCCCAAGAAUGGGAGGUUUGCUUUGGUGGACCAACGUGUGGCCGAAUAUGUCAGAUACAUGCAGGCCAAAGGGGACCCUAUCACCAGAGAGGCAAUGCAGCUGAAAGCUCUCGAAAUUGCCCAGGAAAUGAACAUUCCAGAGAAAGGGUUCAAAGCAAGCUUGGGUUGGUGUCGGAGAAUGAUGAGAAGGUAUGACCUGUCUUUGAGGCAUAAAGUGCCUGUGCCACAGCACCUGCCUGAAGACCUGACAGAGAAGCUGGUCACUUACCAGCGGAGUGUCCUGGCCCUGCGGAGGACGCAUGAGUAUGAGGUGGCGCAGAUGGGGAAUGCAGAUGAGACUCCAAUUUGUUUAGAGGUGCCGUCACGGGUGACUGUGGACAACCAAGGGGAGAAGCCCGUAUUGGUCAAGACUCCAGGCAGGGAAAAACUGAAAAUCACAGCGAUGCUCGGUGUCUUGGCUGAUGGGAGGAAGUUACCUCCAUACAUCAUUUUGAGGGGGACAUACAUCCCGCCAGGGAAGUUCCCCAGUGGAAUGGAAAUCCGCUGUCACCGGUACGGAUGGAUGACUGAGGACUUGAUGCAGGACUGGUUGGAAGUGGUGUGGAGACGGAGGACUGGUGCGGCACCCAAGCAGCGAGGGAUGCUGAUCCUGAACGGCUUUCGGGGCCAUGCCACUGACUCGGUGAAGAGCUCCAUGGAAAACAUGAACACCGACAUGGUUAUCAUCCCAGGAGGCCUGACCUCGCAGCUUCAGGUGCUGGACGUGGUGGUCUACAAACCCCUGAAUGACAGUGUGCGGGCCCAGUACUCCAACUGGCUGCUGGCUGGGAACCUGGCCCUGAGCCCCACUGGGAAUGCCAAGAAGCCACCCCUGGGCCUCUUUCUGGAAUGGGUCAUGGUGGCAUGGAAUAGCAUCUCAAGUGAGUCCAUCGUGCAAGGGUUCAAGAAGUGCCACAUCUCCAGCAACUUGGAAGAUGAAGAUGAUGUCCUGUGGGAAAUUGAGAGUGAACUGUCAGGAGGAGGGGAACCACCAAAAGAAUGUGAUGCUGAAAGCAUGGCGGAGAGCAAGUGAAGGAAAUGUUAAGCAAAAGAAACUGUGAUUGCAAUGACUGGGGAGGAACGUCCUCUAGAAGAUUGCUGGCAGUCUGAGUGCAGAGGGAGAAGCAGGAAAAGGCCACAGUGCUCCCAACAGGCUGAGUCUGGGUGGCAGCCUGUGCUAACUACCUGGGCGACACAGCCCAGCCACACCCACGUGAGGCAUCACCUGCGUCUAGGACACUCACUCAUCAGAGAUACGAUUGGAGAAGAAACUACUGCUGCCCCAUUUCUUGGUUUGGAGGUUACUCUGUGUGCCCAUCAAAAGGAACCUGUAAAUAGGAGUGAACACAGGCAUUUCCUGGAGAAGAGACCGUCUGUUUAGCACCAACAAGGGACUCAUCCACAUCACGGCUCUACUGGUGUCGUCUGUGCAGAAAACCUCAAGCCGGUGUUUUAUCCUGCCUUUGAAAAUGCUUCCAAGAGUAGAGCCUGUGUUCACACAGGUUAAGACUACAGAGAAGGCCUUGUAGAAAUGUUGAGUCACUUACGUACACCUGUGACUUACACAUUUCCUCUUUUGGAAAAACGAGAUAUUAAUGAUAACAGCAAAAUGAGGACACACUGGCCUGAUGCCAGCAGGUGGCGUUUCAAUAGACAAACUAGGUUAGCGUGGAAGAUGGAAGUUAAAAGCAACUAUGCCAUUUUAUUUAUCUUCCCAAUCUGUUCGGCAGCUAGACUUACUUAGGGUCUUGUUUAAUGGCCCUUUUUUCCCCCGUUAUUAUAUUUAAUGAGAGGGCAGCAUUUAGCACACAGGCUUUUCUGUUUCUCAGGCUGCCUGCGAAGAAGUCACCAUAAAUUAUCUGCUGUCUUCUAUGUAUGAGGCCCACUGACUCAUCUGAUACUUGUUUGGUUGAUUUCUUUAAUUUUAUCACAAGGCGGUGGGAGAGGUUGGACCUUUAGCCACAGCUAUUUCAGGACUUUUAAUCUACCCUGCUGGAUAUAGGUCGGGGGAGGGAGCAUUGAAUUUUUACACUACAGUAAUUUGCAUUCCCACAUAAGUCGAGUGUUAAAAAAACAUUCCUUUAAAACUGCUACAAAAAUAUGCCAGAACCUCGUAGACAAAGCCAUUGCCAGAAAUGUCAUUCCAGUGUCAAAUCUGGAUAACAGAUUACUGUAACCACUUCUUCCUGUAGACUCAGCUCACCUGUAUAUCAUAAGGUGUUCUUGGCAUCUUGAAGCACCAGUUUCUACUCAGGUACUCAUUCCCUUGUUAGUGAUUCACCUUUCUGGUAUUUUUACAACCAAUUACCCCCCAAAGGGAGAAAGUUCACGUCAGUUCUGGUGUCUGAGUAAACUUUUGGUAUUUGUUUCCCCGUUUGUUUUUACCUGUAUUAUGUUGUCAUCUCAGAUGGCCUCUAAACCCAGCUACUUUCCAUUCCAGAACCUUCCAUUCCCUCCAGUUCUCCUUAAUCCUCCACUGCCCUAGUUCCUGGCCCUUUCCUCUUUUUACAUCUUAUUUCAUUUGUUUUGGGAGCUUAAAGGGUUUUACAGUUCAAUACCUAAUUGGAGCCGUAGGUGUCUUGGCGAGAAGAGUAGAAAAUGGUCUCAACUCCUGUUUCAUUCCACCACCAACUCGAGUCUCAUCAUCAGCAGAUGGAGGAUGCCUUACAGGUUGCAUAGCACUGGACCUUUCUAGAGUAAUGGCUCUACUGUCAGGGCUUCUCUGGGCUCUUUCCCCACUGACUUAAUUAUGAUCUGUAUGCCUAACAGAGCCCCAGUACAACUAUUUUGCAGAAUGGCUAUUACCCUGGAGUUAUUACAGCACAUAUUGAGACAUAGUUGUACUCCUCAGUAGAUAGGAACUCACCCCAACAAUAAACUUUGAUAAUAAAGACAA